AUGGUUGAUGGUGAGGAUAUUGAAAGUUCCAUGGACAAACAAUUCAACGAUAAUGACGGAGGUAAACCGGAUAAAAUGUUUACGUUGAAGAAGUGGAAUGCUGUGGCUAUGUGGAGCUGGGAUGUUGAUCGCGCGGAAAAUGAAGGCGUACUUGAAGCAAAAGGUGGAGGUGGCCGUAAGAAAAAGAUUUGCGAACGGGAUAACCGCCUAGUCCUGCGUAAGAUCGACCGAAAUCCCCGAAUUUCUACUAGAACCCUUGCCAAAGAGCUGGAAGAAGAGUGUGGCACAGUCGUUUCACACGAAACAGUACGCCAAGCAAUUCUGCGGCAUAAGUACACUUCAAGAGUUGCUCAAAAGAAACCGCUGCUUUCCCAGAUAAAUGUUGAAAAACGUUAUACUUUUGCUGUUAACAUGGUCAGCACGCCGGCAGGUUAUUGGGAUGAUGUCAUUUUCUGUGACGAAACUAAAAUCAUGCUGUAUUAUAAUGAUGGACCAACCAGAGUGUGGCGCAAGGCAUUAACAGCGUUGGAACAGCGCAAUAUCAUUCCGCCUGUUAAAUUUGGAAAAUU